AUGAUCGAAGCCGACGACUUUUGCAUGAACCACCAGAGCAUCGCACCGCUCUUAGCAUGCAUCUGGAAGUACAGCCCCAGUCAUGUUUCUUCGACACCCACAGCAGUCGAAAUGGCUGCCGGCCACCGUUACUGGCUGCCAUGCGGAUGCCUAGCGGAGGAAUGGAUAACCUUCUUCACCUUCGCCGACGGAUGGCUCGACUUAGCGCCGCCUGGAGUGAGGUCGGCCUACGAGGACGACCUGGUCGAUAACUUUGGGGUUUGGCCGAGCUUCGCGAGGAUCAUGCAGGAUGAGACCAGUCUGUCCACCCAUUAUGAUUGGUUUCUGCCAGGAGAGUUAUCUGAUCAACUUGCUCCCAGUGGCUCGCAUUCUCAUCACAUGACCCACUCACAGACCCCACGAGUUGCCGAAAAGACCUCAUACCCCAAGGUCGCCAGAGACCCUUCAAACGCGACUGCGCUCAAAGAUGGAUAUGGUCAGCCUAACUCGGCGCGCCGUAACAUCACAGAAACAACCGGGCUGAGGAGAGGUCUGCUUCUGGGACAACUAUCAGGGACCAGUCCUCGUGCGCUCCGCCAGUCGUCUGCGGCUCCGUUCCAGGCCCUCAUCAAGGUCAGCACUCUGUCGCCCAAUUCUUUCCAAACAGCUAACUACGCACAUGAUACUCAGACACCGGGAAUCUGUAGUCGUUCGAAGAUCUCGUAUCAUUUUAAGGCCGCGGAGGAGUGGCAAAAGGAGUAUCCAGACUUCGUUCCCACCGCCUCCCUUCGCAACGUCAGCAGAGACAGCCUCUUGAAAGGCGAGAACAGGAUACUGCACGACUUCUUCCUCUACAACAUGGGUGAUGGUGUGGCCCAUCCACCUGCUCGACGUCAAGCGCAAAUGUUGACGCGUGUCAUCGAGCACGUUCGAAGGGUCACCGGGGACCGCCACAUUCGUCUGAGUCAAGCUGCGGAGUACGCGAGGCGGUACAACAUUACAGUACCGGUUAAUGAGCAGAUGAACUUCAUGAAUCUAGCCGUGGAGGACCAGUUGCCGUCGCCCGCGAGGCUUUUGGCGAUGAAGGCCGACUACUGGAACAAAUUCGGUGACCAUCCGUAG